CCGCCACCACCUCGCCUCUCAUCCAUGGCAGGCUCCAUGGCCGCCACCUCCACCCUUCUCCUCUUCCUCCUCGCCACCGCCACCCAUGGCACCGCGGCCGACACAGCCUCAUCCCUCGCCUCCCCCGAAGCGGCCGUCCUUCUCAACCUUUCCGCCGCGCUCGGCGAUCCCUCGGGUUACCUGUCCACGCACUGGACGCCUGGCACGGCGUUCUGCUCGUGGCCGCGCCUCUCCUGCGACGCCGACGGAUCCCGCGUCCUCUCUCUCGACCUCUCCGGCCUCAAUCUCUCCGGUCCGAUCCCCGCCGCGGCCCUGUCCUCCCUCUCGCACCUCCAGUCCCUCAACCUCUCCAACAACAUCCUCAACUCGACCUUCCCGGAUGGGAUCAUCACCAGCCUGAAGAACCUUCGCGUUCUUGAUUUCUACAAUAACAACCUCACCGGCCCUCUCCCGGCCACCCUCCCCAAUCUCACCAAUCUUGUUCACCUCCACCUCGGCGGCAAUUUCUUCUCCGGCAGCAUCCCCAGGUCGUACGGGCAGUGGAGCAGAAUCAAGUACCUGGCUCUCUCCGGCAAUGAGCUCACUGGGGAGAUACCGCCGGAGCUCGGCAACCUGACGACGCUGAGGGAGCUGUACCUCGGCUACUUCAACAGCUUCACCGGCGGGAUACCGCCGGAGCUCGGGAGGCUGAAGGAGCUCGUGAGGCUCGACAUGGCGAACUGCGGGAUCUCCGGCGCGAUCCCACCGGAGGUGGCGAACCUGACGUCGCUCGACACUCUGUUUCUUCAGAUCAACGCUCUCUCCGGGCGGCUACCACCGGAGAUUGGCGCAAUGUGGGCGCUGAAAUCGCUCGACCUGUCGAACAAUUUGUUCGUUGGGGAGAUCCCCGCGAGCUUCGCGGCGCUCAAGAACCUGACGCUGCUGAACCUCUUCCGUAAUCGCCUCGCCGGCGAGAUUCCGGAGUUUGUCGGCGACCUGCCGAACCUCGAGGUGCUGCAGCUGUGGGAGAACAACUUCACCGGUGGAGUGCCGGCACAACUCGGCGUGGCGGCCACCAGGCUGAGAAUCGUCGAUGUCAGCACGAACAGGCUAACCGGCGUUCUACCUACAGAGCUCUGCACCGGCAAGCGACUUGAGACGUUCAUCGCGCUGGGGAAUUCACUGUUCGGCAGCAUUCCGGACGGGCUCGCCGGCUGCCCGUCCUUGACGAGGCUUCGUCUUGGAGAGAAUUAUCUGAACGGGACAAUUCCGGCGAAGAUGUUUACAUUGCAGAACCUGACGCAGAUAGAACUGCACGACAAUUUGCUCUCCGGCGAGCUCCGGCUGGACGCCGGCGUGGUGUCACCAUCAAUAGGAGAGCUGAGCCUGUAUAACAAUCGGUUGUCCGGACCGGUGCCGGUGGGGAUCGGCGGGCUCGUCGGCCUGCAGAAGCUGCUGGUCGCCGGAAACCGGUUGUCCGGCGAGCUCCCUCGUGAGAUUGGGAAGCUGCAACAACUUUCAAAGGCGGACUUCUCUGGGAACCUGAUAUCCGGGGGCAUACCUCCGGCGAUCGCCGGAUGCCGGCUGCUGACCUUCCUCGACCUCUCUGGCAACAGACUCUCCGGCGGCAUCCCGCAGGUGCUCGCCGGGCUACGAAUCCUCAACUAUCUCAACCUGUCUCACAACGCACUCGGCGGGGAGAUUCCACCUGCUAUCGCUGGAAUGCAGAGUCUAACAGCCGUCGACUUCUCCGACAACAAUCUCUCCGGCGAGGUCCCGGCGACCGGUCAGUUUGCCUACUUCAAUGCCACGUCCUUCGCCGGUAACCCAGGCCUCUGCGGCGCCUUCCUCUCCCCUUGCCGCUCCCACGGCGUCGCGACGACGUCGACCUUCGGCUCCCUCUCGUCGGCGUCAAAGCUCCUCCUCGUGCUCGGCCUCCUCGCGCUGUCCAUCGUGUUCGCCGGGGCGGCGGUGCUGAAGGCGCGGUCGCUGAAGCGGUCGGCCGAGGCGCGCGCGUGGCGGCUCACGGCGUUCCAGCGCCUGGACUUCGCCGUGGACGACGUGCUCGACUGCCUCAAGGAGGAGAACGUGAUCGGCAAGGGCGGGUCCGGGAUCGUGUACAAGGGCGCAAUGCCCGGCGGCGCGGUGGUGGCCGUGAAGCGGCUCCCGGCCAUGGGACGCUCCGGCGCGGCGCACGACGACUACGGCUUCUCGGCGGAGAUUCAGACGCUGGGGCGCAUCCGGCACCGCCACAUCGUUCGGCUGCUCGGGUUCGCCGCCAACCGGGAGACCAACCUGCUGGUGUACGAGUACAUGCCGAACGGCAGCCUCGGCGAGGUGCUCCACGGCAAGAAGGGCGGCCACCUGCAGUGGGCGACGCGGUACAAGAUCGCCAUCGAGGCGGCCAAGGGCCUCUGCUACCUGCACCACGACUGCUCGCCGCCGAUUCUGCACCGCGACGUCAAGUCCAACAACAUCCUCCUCGACGCCGAGUUCGAGGCCCACGUCGCCGACUUCGGCCUCGCCAAGUUCCUCCGCGGCAGUGCCGGCGGCUCCGAGUGCAUGUCUGCGAUCGCCGGCUCCUACGGCUACAUCGCUCCCGAGUACGCCUACACGCUCAAGGUGGAUGAGAAGAGCGACGUGUACAGCUUCGGGGUCGUGUUACUGGAGCUCAUCGCUGGCCGGAAGCCAGUCGGGGAGUUCGGCGACGGCGUGGACAUCGUUCAGUGGGUGCGGAUGGUGACCGGGUCGAGCAAGGAGGGCGUCACGAAGAUCGCCGACCCACGCCUCUCGACGGUGCCCCUCCACGAGCUGACGCACGUCUUCUACGUCGCCAUGCUCUGCGUCGCGGAGCAGAGCGUCGAGCGGCCCACGAUGCGGGAGGUCGUGCAGAUCCUGACCGAUCUGCCCGGCACGGCGGCGACGCCCAUGGACGACGCGGCGUCGCACGGCCCGGGGAAAGACCAGGGCACAACGACGAGCCCGGAGAAGCCGCAGCAGCAGGACGGGUCACGCGAGUCCCCGCCGCAACAGGAUCUCCUUAGCAUCUAGAAGCGUGCGUGCUUGCGUGCAUCGGUGCAUGCAUGUCCCCGUUGUACCAGUACUCCGUAGCAUCAUCCUCUGUGCGUCUCGGCGUACUCCUGGACUGUGCUGGUGUCCGGGAUUGUGUGCAAUUAGAGGCAAUCCUUCAACCCCGUGGUAGUAUUGUUAGCUACUAGAUUAUAUUGUUACAUUGCUCUCGUGUACAAAGGAGCUACUAGUGUAUGUAAUGUCUCUCGGUUGAAUCGAGAUCCAGAAUCGGUGUCGAUCGCAACAAAGAACCAUGGACACACAUCACAGUGGCCGGCGCAUCAUACGGCCAUAGGGUCAUCCCCUGGGCGCUAGCGCUACCGAGCACUGGAUCAAUACUCCGUAUG